AUGGCGCAAUUACAAUGUGCUGAAGGCAUUGCGAGACUCAUGCUACGGGCACCCAACCUCAACAAGAUAUACGUAAUCUUCAGCGACCUCCCUCGCGUCAGAACAGUCACACUGCACCUACCAUCGUACCGCGAGUGGUGGGGCAACGUGCCAGUUCAGCAACGAUGUGAGUUGGCUUCGCAGCCGAAGCCUAACGAGACGGUUCAUGUUCAUCGGCUGGAUAGGCAUGAACACCUGGACCAUGCUGAAAAGAAUUAUCUUCGAAAUUGGCAGAAGGAAAUGAAUGAGGUUUGGCGGACAAUGAUGGAUGAAUUCCCAGACAUUGCUCACAGCGCUACCGGGGAGCUCAAGGUGCCCAGAGUUGAUGCUACCAUCGUGGAGGUGCCUACUUGGGAUAUUGUGAGGUAACGCCAGGAUGGUGAUAGACCCAUAGCCAGUAACAUUGGAUCUAGUCUGAUAUGGCCUAUUGUCAUAACAGGUGCAAGCAGGGCCUCAUACAUCGACCAAGUCGUCGUUGAAAGCAACCAUUAACUGGACGCACAAUGCAUCACCUGAAAGAGGCCACGCAGUUACAUAUAUGGGUUAAAAUUGUAUCAAAUGAAUCGCAA